AGGCAGAACGAGGCCCCGCCCCGCAGAGUCCUUGGCCGCCUCCCCUCCUCCGGCGGCAGCUGUCCGGCGCGGCGCUCCCUCUCUCUUAAGAGGCUGGACCCGUCCGCUGCUUUUCAAGGGCCGGUGUCCUCUCUGCCUUUGGCACCUUCCGCCCUGGCUUAUAUCCUCCCUCAGGGUGCCCGCCCCCACGUCUGAUUGGACCACUUUUCAAUCCUGUGGCUGAUUGGACCGUUUACCCAUCAGCCCAUAGCUCCUGAUUGGUCCAUUCCACAAUCCAGGAAGUGCGCCUCACAUAAAAGGGCUCUGAGGAGCCACUGCCACCACUGACUUGUGGGAGGCGGGUCCUGGUAACAAAAGUCUGAUUGGGCCAUUUAGCACCAAUCAGCUCAUGGCUCACAGCUGAUUGGUCCACGCCAUGAUCCAGGAAGUCCACAGUUGCCUAAAAGGGCUCUGAGGCGCAACUGCCACCACUGAUAAAAAGGCUUAUGGUGGAGGCCCAGGGAGAGAGAACAGCACUGCUGUUCAUCUAGUUUAAAUCUGCUCUGGCAUCAAUGAGCACAUCAAUUUGGAAUUCUGACGGACAUUAGGAUUGGAUCUGCCCUGGUGCCAGGCCCAACUUUCUAAUUGGUUACCAUGUUCCAUGUUGAAAAUCUAAAACACAUUGACCCGAAUUUUUAAAGUUUCUUUGUAUUUGGCAUUUUCAUUUUUAAAUCUCACAGAAGUGAAGGGUCAGAAAUUUGAGUUUGAGGUGUAAUGUGAGAGGGGUGAUAACGUGAGGCCCAGAGCAGGUGAGCAAGAGGGGAGCCCUCAAGAUGGGACUCCUCUCACCCACCGCCUACCUCACCCCCAUCUCCUGCCCGAAUCAGGAAACCCCUCUGGGGCCGCCGUUAGGAAGCAAUGCUCUUGAAGGCCACUCCCCACCCCCACCCCCAGUCUUCAGCAGCCCAAGGUGCAGGGGUGGGCUCCUUCAUGGUUGGGGAGACACCCCAGGCUUGGCCCCAGCUCCCCAGCUCCCCACGGCUGCAGACGGCCUUUGGCCUCCCUCCCCUUCAGAAAUGCCUCCCACAGCCUGUUCCUCCUGUGAGUCUGAUGUGUCCACCGUCGCCUAUAAGUAAGGCCUGUUGGGUCAGGGUCACCCUACUGCCGUGUGGCCUCCACUAAUUUCAUCUUCUAACACCCCACUCCCAAAUAAAGGCACUUUCUGAGGUCUGGGACCUGGACUUCAGAAGGUGGACUCUCUAUCACUUAUGUGUGAACCCCAUGACUGCAGGAGCUUUGAUGCAUCUGUCCUCUGUAGUGGAUGCUGGGCAGGCACUGAUGAGUCAGUGGACGCAGGAAGGAUGGCUUCCUGUUGAACGAGUGGCAGAACAGGCUUCAGCUCCGCUAGUCCCAGGGCUUCAGCACCAGGGACAGCGCCCGCCCUGCCCGCAGCCCUGCAGGGCCCCCUCCCACCUGCCCUCUGCUGAGGCACAGGCCCUGGUCUAGGCAACAAGCAGCCCUGGAUGCCUCCCCAGGAUGCUCUGCCUAUGCGAUUCUGAUUUUCUCUGGGGAAAGUUCUGACCUCAUUUCCAGCUUCACCUUCAGGGCAGUAGAUGUGGCUCCGUCAUUUAAAAAUUAAGAUCAUUUUCCAUGCAGAAAAUCUGAAUUCUCUUAAAUUUUCCUUGUCAUAGUUUUUAGCUGAGGUCUUCCCUGCCUCCCUGCUGCAUUUCACCUCUUCCUCACAUGGAUAGACGGGAUUGGGAAGGAUGCGGGUGCCGGUGGCCCUGGCGAUCGUGCUGGCUGUCGCCGGAGUCCUCAGCUGCUUCUCGUCCUCCUGGACAGGUCGGGGCCUCCACUGGGGGAGCACAGACGAAUCGCAGGUGGCCCGCAUCGUGGAGGAGAGCAGGCUGCUUGUGGACAGUGCCAUCCACAGGACCAUGCAGAGGAACAUCCAGAGAAGGGCGGUCACAUCUCCGUCCCAGCUCCUGGCCUUCGCCAAGAGCCCUGAGCCCGCAAGCUGGGCUGCCUCCCGCGUGGCAGAGAUCAUGCAGGCGGCGCUGCAGGCCCUGAGGGGGCGCAUCCCCCGGGGCUGGGACACUUGGUCAGAAGAUAUGCUGACCAUGAUCGCAAAUCUGUCAGGGUGCCUGCCGUACAUGCGCCCCCCAAAAUGCCCAGACACCUGCCUGGCAGACAAGUACCGGCUGAUCACAGGGGCCUGCAACAACAGAGCCCACCCCAGGUGGGGAGCCGCCAACACCGCCCUGGCCAGGUGGCUUCCUCCCGCCUACGAGGACGCCGUCGGCGAGCCCCGAGGCUGGAACCCCGGCUUCCUGCACAACGGCUUCCCGCUGCCCCCGGUCCGCCGCGUGAGCCGGGAGCUCGUCCAGGUCCCCAACGAGGCGGUGACCGAGGACGGCCAGUACGCCGACCUGCUGACCGCGUGGGGCCAGUACAUCAGCCACGACGUCGCCUUCACGCCGCAGAGCGCCAGCGCCGCGGCCUUCGGGGGCGGGCCCGGCUGCCGGCGCACCUGCGCCCACAGGAGCCCCUGCUUCCCCAUCCAGCUCCCCAGCAACGCCUCUCCCGGCGGGGGUCCGGGGUGUCUGCCCUUCUACCGCUCUGCCGCCGCCUGCGUACGCGGGAGCCAAGGCGCCUUGCUGGGCAACCUGUCCCGGGCGAGCCCGCGCCAGCAGAUGAACGGCCUGACCUCCUUCCUGGACGCGUCCACCGUGUACGGCAGCUCGCCGGCCUCCGAGGAGCGGCUGCGGGACUGGACGAGCGCCGCGGGGCUGCUCCGGGUCAACGCGCACCACCAGGACGCCGGCCGCGCUUACCUGCCCUUCGCGCCGCCCGGCGCGCCCGCCGCCUGCGCGCCCCCGCCCGGCGCCCCCGCGGGGGCCCGCGGCCCCUGCUUCCUGGCGGGGGACGGCCGCGCCACCGAGGUCCCGUCGCUGGCCGCGCUGCACACGCUCUGGCUGCGCGAGCACAACCGCCUGGCCGCGGCGCUCAAGGCCCUCAACGCGCACUGGAGCGCGGACACCACCUACCAGGAGGCGCGCAAGCUCGUGGGCGCCCUGCACCAGAUCAUCACUCUGCGGGACUAUAUCCCCAAAAUCCUGGGCCCUGAGGCCUUUGGGCAGCACGUGGGCCGCUACCAGGGGUACGACCCCACCGUGGACCCCACCGUGUCCAACGUGUUCUCCACUGCCGCCUUCCGCUUUGGCCAUGCCACGGUCCACCCAUUGGUCAGGAGGCUGGACGCCCGCUUCCAGGAGCACCCCGACCUGCCGGGGCUGCCUCUGCGCGAUGCCUUCUUCAGCCCUUGGAGGCUCAUCGCGGAAGGAGGACUGGACCCCCUGGUGCGGGGCCUUCUCGCCAGGCCCGCCAAGCGGCAGCUGCAGGACCAGCUGGUGAGCGAGGAGCUGACCGAGCACCUCUUCGUGCUGCCCGGCCCGGACACCUUGGACCUGGCAUCCCUCAACCUCCAGAGGGGCCGGGACCAUGGCCUGCCAGGGUACAACGCGUGGAGGGAGUUCUGCGGCCUGCCCAGACUGCGGAGCCUGGCCGCCCUGCAGGCCGCCAUGGGCAGCGGACGCAUGGCUGCCCGCAUGCUCGCCCUGUAUGGGGACCCUGACAACGUGGACGUAUGGCUGGGCGGCCUGGCCGAGCGUGCCCUCCCCGGAGCCCGGACGGGGCCCCUGUUUGCCUGCAUCAUUGGAAGGCAGAUGAAGGCACUGAGGGACGGGGACCGGUUUUGGUGGGAGAAGGACGGCGUGUUCACGGAGGCCCAGAGGCGGGCUCUGCGGCGCUACUCCCUGUCCAGGCUCAUCUGCGACAACACGGGGCUGCCCCACGUGCCCGUGGACGCCUUCCGUGUCGGGCGGUUCCCCGAGGACUUCACGCCCUGUGAGCGCAUCCCAGGCCUGGACCUAGAGGCCUGGAAGGAGGCCCUGCCUGCAGAGGACGCCUGUGGCCUCCCCGGUGGCGUGGACGAUGGGGACAUCAUGCUCUGCCAGGAGCAGGGCCAGCGGGCGCUGGUGUGCUCCUGCCGCCCCGGCUUUGAGCUGCAGAGCCCCGAGCAGGUGGCCUGCACCCCCCACGGAUGGGCGCCCCAGUGCCCCGUGUGCAAAGACGGGGACCAGUGCAGAGAUGCAGCCUGCGUGCCCCGCCCCCCGUCGGUGCGCUGCCCGAACAUCCAGGGCGGCUUCCGCUGCAUGUGCUCGGACCCCAGCGCACCGGGCGAGGACGGGAGGACCUGUGUGGACUCCAGGCGGCUCCCCAAGGCGGCCCUGGUCUCCCUGGUGCUGGGCACCCUGCUGGUCUGCGGCCUGGCGGCUGCCACCUGGAUAACCCUCUGCAGGCGGCGCUCUGAUGGAGCAGCCGCACUGCUGGCCUUGGAGACCGGGGGACAGGCGCUGACCCUGGGGGGUGCAGACGACGCCAAGAGGGCCGAGCCGCCCACCGGGGGUCCCGUCCAGAGCCCCCGGCAGGCAGCGGACGCUGCCCUCGCCAUCACACACCUGGUCACGGCAGGGUUUCAGGACCUCGCACCAGAGGGCAAGCAAGGGCGCGGCUGUGGCCUGGCCACGCACAGCCCCAAGCUGCAGGAGCCCGCGCGGACCCCUGAGGCCAGAGCCUAG